AUGCCCGUGCGGCACAGCCGGGCGAGUCGAUUCGUAACCGCGGAGAGAUGCGGAAUGAAAUCCGAGCGGAGGUCGCGCGCCAGCGCGGCCAAGCACGCGAGCAGCGCCUCCAGCGAGUGCUUCGCCUCGUGCGUGAGCCUGCUCAGCAACUUCUCGACGACCUCGUCCUGGUGCAGCACGAGCAUCGCGAGCGAGUGCGCGCGCGGGGAGGCCUCCGCGGAGAAGGCUGAGAAAUCCGCGCCGCAGCAGAGCUCCGCCCACUGCGCGAGCGCCUCCUGGAAGAAGCACGAGCUCCCGUGCAGCGGCGCCGCGCGCAGCUCCCCCGCGGCUCUGUGGACGUCGACGUCCACCUCCGCGACCCUGCGCGCGAAGUUUUUGAACGCGAACGCGCGCUGCUUGGGCGGUUUGCGUCCGAGCGCCGCGCGCGCGUCGUCGUCGUCGGACGACGACGACGCGUCGCCAUCGAAAUCGCCGUCGUCGCCGCCGCCGCGCUUCCGCGCCUCGCUCGCGAAGUUUCCAAACUUCGCGGCGACGAACUUGGCGUCGUCCUUGCGCGCUUGCUUCUUGCUCGUCUUCAGGUCCGGGUCCGCGAACCCCCUGCGGCGCUUGUUCGUCACCUGCUUCGCCGCCUUGCCCUUCUUCGCGCCUCCACCAGACUUUGGCGGCAUCGCGGACGCCGACGCCGACGCCGCCGAGACGCGCGCGCGCGCGUCCGGGGACGCCUCCGACGCCGCUUCCGCGCCGCGCGAUCGACCGGUGCGCGCCGCUCGGUCUGCGCGUCGCCCCUCGGCCCUCGCGCGGUCGUCGAUUGGCGCCGCCGCACGACUGAGCAACAACGAGAGCGGAGUCGGCGCCGGCGCCGGCGCCGCGCCGGCGGCGUGA